AUGGAGGCCAUCCUAGAGAGCCUAUUAGGGGCCCCCAAGGAGAAGAGUGGGGGAAAAAGUGAUGAUGAAAUUAUGAAGGAUUUGAAAGAUGGGAGCCAGCUAAUGGUUGUCAAUUGCUACCCUCCAUGCCCUGAGCCUGAUCUCACGUUAGGAAUACCACCUCAUUCCGAUUAUGGAUUCCUCACGCUUCUUCUCCAAGAUGAGGUUAAGGGUCUUCAAAUUCAGCACAAGGAAAAUUGGGUCACAGUUGAACCAAUUGCCAAUUCUUUCGUUGUUAAUGUUGGUGAUCAUCUUGAGAUUUUUAGCAACGGGAGGUACAAAAGUGUUCUGCAUAGAGUGUUAGUAAAUUCAGCUAAGGCACGCACUUCAGUGGCUUCUUUGCAUAGUCUUCCCUUUAAGUGCAUGAUCAGGCCAUGCCCUAAACUCAUCGAUGAGGCCAAUCCAAGGCGCUACAAAGAUACUGAUUUUGCUACCUUUCUUGAGUAUAUAUCAUCUUGUGAGCCCGUGAUGAAGAAUUUCUUGGAGUCCAGGAGAUUAUUUUGA